CCACAAACCCCGGCCGGCACGGCCAUCCAUAAAUCUCGUGGCUCCCCGGAUUCUGCAGGGCGGCUCAGUCUGUUCGUCGAUUUGCUCCCCAGAUCUUGCAGAUACACGCACAAUAAACUACUAGACUACUAGAUACUAGUACAAUCAUGGCUGUCGAACGGAUUGGCUCCAUCAUCAAGCACCUGGCCCCUGGGUCAUCGCUGAACAACAUCCAGUCCAAGAACCCCGAUGAUAUCGUCAUCACCUACGCCGCCCGCACACCGCUCACCAAGGCGCGCAAGGGCGGCUUCAAGGACACGAGCCUGGAGUUCAUGAUCAUGGCCCUGCUUGAGAAGGUCCGCGAGAACAGCGGUGUCGACCCUGCCAUCGUUGAGGACAUCUGCCUCGGCAACACCUCCGAUCCCCAAGCCGCCUACAAGAUCCGAGCUGCAGCCCUGGCUGCUGGCUUCCCCAACACCACCGCCGCCAGCGUCGUCAACCGCUUCUGCUCCUCUGGCCUCAAGGCCAUCGCCGAUGUUGCACACCAGAUCGCCAACGAUUCCAUCUCGGUGGGUAUCGCUCUGGGUGCUGAGACCAUGUCCCAGGGCGGCGGCGCUGCUGGUGAAUUCGACGAGGCCGUUAUCAAGAAGACUCAGGAGGCGCACGAUGCUAUCCAGCCCAUGGGCUGGACCAGCGAGAACGUCUCCAGAGACUUCAACAUUACCCGAGAGGCCAUGGACAUCUACUCAGCGGAGAGCUUCCAGCGAGCUGAGAAGGCCCAGAAGGCUGGGCACUUUGACGACGAGAUUGUCCCCAUCACUACCAAGGUCAAGGACGCCAAUGGUGAGCUGAAGGAGGUGACGCUCACCAAGGAUGAGGGAAUCCGCCCCGGCACCACCGCCGAGGGUCUCUCCAAGAUCCGCCCUGCAUUCCCUCAAUGGGGUCCCACCACCACUGGCGGCAACGCCUCUCAGGUCACCGACGGUGCCGCUGCCGUCGUUCUGAUGAAGCGAUCAACCGCUGUCAAGCUGGGCCUGCCCAUCAUGGCCAAGUACGUCGGCUCUACCGUCGCCGGUCUUGCCCCCCGCAUCAUGGGCAUCGGCCCCAGCAUUGCCAUCCCCAAGCUGCUCUCCAUCUACAACAUCAGCCUCAACGACAUUGAUGUCAUUGAGGUCAACGAGGCUUUUGCCUCCAUGGCUGUCUACUGCCGUGACAAGCUCAACCUGGACUGGUCCAAGAUGAACCCCAGGGGAGGCGCCAUUGCUCUCGGCCACCCUCUGGGAGCCACCGGUGCCCGACAGGUCGUCACUGGUCUGAGCGAGCUGAGGAGAACCAAGAAGAAGCUGCUGUUGACGAGCAUGUGCAUUGGUACCGGCCAGGGUAUGGCUGGUCUGUUUGUCAACGAACAGCUGUAGAGGAAUAGGGAGAUGGGAUAUUUGGGUCAUUGAUAGGGUGUCUUGUACAGAUAAAUAUCUUUUCUUUUUUUGUGUAAUUUUUUUUGGAUGAUAAAAAUGCAAGCGAUUAUUUUUUCUCCCUUACAUUACUGCUUUUGAUGAUUCGACAUGUAAUGGCUACCUAGUAUGUACGCUUAUGUUUGUUAGUACCCAAGUAUAGUAGGCACC